GCAAUUUGGAGGAGGGAAGCAAUUGAACAAGCAACCGGAAGCUUAUCUUGCAGUUUACAAGAGGUGUUGCGACUUUCCAGCGUUUUUUUCUGUACGUUUGGGUAACAGCAACAGUAAAAAAUGUCCGAAAGAAAAGUAUUGAAUAAAUACUACCCUCCGGAUUUCGAUCCGUCCAAAAUCCCGAAGCUAAAGCUCCCCAAAGAUCGUCAGUAUGUGGUCAGAUUGAUGGCUCCAUUUAAUAUGAGGUGUAAAACAUGCGGUGAGUACAUUUACAAGGGGAAGAAGUUCAAUGCACGCAAAGAGACCGUUCAGAAUGAGACCUACAUGGGACUGCCUAUCUUUCGUUUCUACAUCAAAUGUACCCGCUGUCUUGCUGAAAUUACAUUUAAGACUGACCCAGAGAACACAGACUACGCCAUGGAGCACGGCGCAACGCGGAACUUCCAGGCAGAGAAACUCAUUGAGGAGGAGGAGAAGAGAAUCCAGCAGGAGAGGGAAGAAGAGGAACUGAACAACCCCAUGAAGGUGCUGGAGAACCGCACAAAGGAUUCAAAGUUAGAGAUGGAGGUUUUGGAGAACCUGCAGGAGUUGAAGGAGCUGAAUCAGAGACAGGCUCUGGUGGACUUUGAGGGAAUGAUCGACCAGUACAGAGAGAUGGAGAAGAGGGAGCGGGAACGGGAGAAAGAGGAGGAUGAGCGUGAAAUGAAGGAGAUGUUGGAUCGUGCUCUCGUGAAAAGACUCAGAGAGUCUGACUCUGAUUCAGAAACAGAAGAAGAGAGCAGCAGCAAACAGUCAAACAAGUCCAGCUCAGACAAACCAACAGACAUCCUCACUGCUGACAAACCAACAGAGGCAGAGGGAGCUUCAGCUGGAGGAGCAAAGAAGGCCAAGGUGGAGAGCUGGGAGAGGAGUGUCGGGACGCUGGGUGGUAAAGGAGCAUUAGGUUCACUGAUUGUCCGAAAGAAACCAGUAAUGACUGUGAGCAAACCCAGUUCAGUAACGGAAACUGCUGCUCCUAUCUCACAGACAGAUUCAAAGCCAGCGAAGACAGACGCUUCUAAACCCGUCACCACACAAAAUGGGUCAUCAUCCCUCAGCCUGUUGGGGGCGUAUUCAGACAGUGACAGCAAUGACAGCGAAUGAGAACAAGAUGACUCAAGUGACUGACAUACAACUAUAUGUAUUGUGCAGAAAGGAAUACAGUGCUUAAGCCCUGUUUGUAAUGCUGUACAGAUAUUGAAAUCUCAUAUAAAUCAGCUUAAGGAUUCCCCCCCCGUUCUUUAAAUCCAGUCAGAUCCACAGAAAAAUGGGUCUGUUUGUCCUGUGACUAUACCACCUGUAUAUUUUAAUGUUUAUUAAAAUGUCUGUACUGUU